AUGCACUCCUCAUCAGCCACCACGGACAGAGAUCGGGAACAAGGAAUCAAGAUUGCCAUUGAUAGAGGGGGAACCUUCACUGAUUGUGUGGGCAAUCCCGGCACUGGACGCCUAGAAGAUGACAUUGUGAUCAAGCUGCUAUCAGAAGAUCCUGCAAAUUAUGAAGAUGCCCCCUGGAAGGCAUCCGUCGCAUCCUGUCCCAGUUCACAGGCCAGCAUUCGCAUGGGCACCACGGUGGCAACAAACGCGCUCCUCGAACGCAAGGGAGAAAGAAUUGCCUUGGUGGUCACCAAAGGGUUUCGAGACUGUCUUGAGAUUGGGAAUCAGUCCCGACCAAGAAUCUUUGAUCUCGCCAUCAAACGACCUCAGAUGCUCUACGAGGAGGUGGUAGAGGUGGACGAGAGAGUCACACUGGAAGACUAUGCUGAGGAUCCUCGGCGCACUACCACGGCGGCCCCCCCACGAAACCAAUCAGGGUCUGAGGCCGAACUCAUUCGCGGCCUUUCUUCAGAGGUCGUACGUAUCCUGAAACGUCCCUCGGAAAUCCAAGUCAGGUCCCAGCUGCAGAAGGUAUAUGACAAGGGAAUCCGGAGCAUCGCAGUAUGUAUGAUGCAUGGAUACACCUUUCCGGACCAUGAGGCAUUAGUAGGGUCGUUGGCAUCUGAUAUUGGCUUUGAACAUGUGAGCUUAAGCCACCAGCUGACGCCGAUGAUCAAGCUUGUCCCACGGGCGACCUCAGCCUGUGCGGAUGCCUACUUGACCCCGACAAUUAAGAGAUAUAUAUCAGGAUUCCAAGCCGGAUUCAAAGGAAGCCUGGGAAGUGAAAGUGUUCAACGAAAGGGAGAUUCCCGGAGUGCUCGAUGUGAAUUCAUGCAAUCCGACGGAGGGUUGGUUGAUGUGGACAAGUUUUCGGGGCUAAGAGCAAUCUUAUCCGGGCCAGCUGGAGGUGUUGUGGGCUAUGCAUCAACAUCCUACGACCCCGUGACCCAGAUCCCUGUCAUUGGAUUUGACAUGGGCGGCACUAGCACAGAUGUGAGUCGUUACGGGUCAGGUAGUUAUGAACAUGUGUUUGAAACUACCACGGCAGGUGUCACGAUACAGUCCCCUCAGCUAGAUAUCAACACGGUCGCUGCUGGUGGCGGCUCUAGGCUUUUCUACCGCAAUGGGCUUUUUGUAGUUGGACCGGAAUCUGCAGGAGCUCACCCGGGACCAGCAUGUUAUCGCAAAGGGGGACCGCUGACUGUGACCGAUGCCAACCUGUUCCUCGGAAGACUGGUCCCAGAGUUUUUCCCCAAGAUCUUUGGCUCUCAUGAAAAUGAAGGUCUAGACAAAGAGACCAGUCGGCGGCUUUUUGAAGAAAUGACACGGAAUAUUAACCGAGACAUCGCCCAAGGGGAACAGAGCAAAGAAAUGACCCCAGAUGAAGUCGCUUUUGGCUUCAUCAAGGUUGCAAACGAGACUAUGACGCGGCCUAUUCGCUCUUUAACCGAGGCCAAGGGACAUGAUACCUCAAAACACCGCUUAGCAACCUUCGGAGGGGCCGGAGGGCAACAUGCGGUGGCAAUUGCUGAAAGCCUUGGAAUUCGACAAAUCCUCAUACAUCGCUAUUCGUCUGUUCUCUCUGCAUAUGGUAUGGCAUUGGCGGAUGUGGUCGAUGAAGCCCAGGAACCAGAGUCUAAGAUUUGGAACGACGAUAGUAUGAUUCGACAGGAGCUCCAGGAGAAGAUGCAAGAACUCAGGAAGAGAUCAAAAACAAGACUGCAAGAGCAAGGAUUUGAGAAUGAUUCAAUCGUCUUUGAAGAGUACCUGAAUAUGCGGUAUAGAGGUACGGAAUCCACCCUCAUGAUCUUGAAGCCCAAGAAAGAAGAGGCCAAAGCGUUAUUUGGUGGAGACGAAUGGGCCUUUGGCCAGGCAUUCAUACGACAACAUGAACAAGAGUUUGGCUUCACACUGCCAGAUCGGGAUGUCAUCGUGGAUGAUGUCCGUGUGAGAGGAAUCGGAAAGAGUUUCGAAGUCUCCGAGAAAACCAUCGAUCUGCAGCUUCAGGAAUCAAAUCCCAAGGAUGUUGUUGGUCGUGAAUAUGGAGUAUCUCAAGUAUAUUUUGAGGGCGGCCGGCAUGAAACACCUAUUUACAAAUUGGAUGAUCUGGGAAUCAACGAUCGGAUUAAAGGUCCAGCUAUUCUUGCCGAUGAUACACAAACAAUCGUGGUGACACCCGGUGCUUCGGCUCUUCUUACCAAAACCCACGUUGUCAUUAACAUCGGGGAAUCAAAUAGCUCUACUUCUACGGUCAGCAGUGAAGUAGUUGAUCCUAUCCUGUUGAGUGUCUUCUCGCAUCGAUUCAUGGCUAUUGCAGAGCAAAUGGGACGUGCCCUGCAAAAGACGAGCGUGAGUACCAAUGUUAAAGAGCGAUUGGACUACUCCUGUGCCUUGUUUGAUUCUAAUGGUGGACUUGUUGCAAAUGCACCUCAUCUGCCGGUCCAUCUGGGAAGCAUGUCGACCUGUGUACGGAUGCAAGCUCGGAUAUGGCAAGGAAGAUUGAAGCCUGGCGAUGUGAUUGUAUCAAAUCACCCGGAGUUUGGUGGCACUCACCUCCCUGAUAUCACAGUUAUUCAGCCUGCCUUCGAUGAGGGCAAAAUCAUCUUUUAUGUUGCCUCAAGGGCACACCAUGCUGACAUUGGCGGAAUUCUGCCUGGGUCUAUGCCGCCCCACUCUAAAGAACUCUACCAGGAAGGGGCAGCAAUCAAGAGCGAAAAGCUGGUAUCAGAGGGAAAAUUUAACGAUGAACGUAUUACAGAGCUAUUGUAUCACGAGCCAGCUCAAUAUCCCAAUUGCAGUGGAACUCGAUGUCUCGCCGAUAAUUUGAAUGAUCUUAAGGCCCAGAUUGCGGCUAACAAGAAAGGAAUCAGCCUCAUUAGCGCCUUAAUCGAGGAAUAUGGUGAAAAGAUCGUUUUGUUCUACAUGAGCCAAAUCCAGGAAAAUGCAGAGCUCAGUGUGCGCAAUCUACUAAAAGAGGUCAGCGAGAAGUUUGCAGGUCGUGACUUAAGUGCGAUAGACUACAUGGAUGAUGGGACUCCAAUUCAAUUAAAGAUAUCAAUUAACGAACAGAAGGGUGAGGCAGUGUUUGAUUUUGCUGGAACGGGACCAGAAGUAUACGGCAAUACCAACGCUCCGGAGGCAGUCACAUAUUCUGCGAUAAUUUAUUGUCUACGUUGUUUGAUAUCUGCAGAUAUACCGCUGAACCAGGGAUGCUUGAAGCCAAUUGAUGUCCGUAUUCCUCCCAGAAGCCUUCUCUCCCCUUCUGAAUCGGCAGCGGUGGUGGGAGGGAAUGUCUUGACAAGCCAACGUGUGACCGAUGUCAUCUUGAAGUGCUUCAAGGCCUGCGCCGCUUCUCAAGGGGACACCAAUAACCUCACAUUUGGAUUUGGUGGAAAUAUACAGGGAGAGGCUGAGCAGAAAGGGUUCGGCUACUACGAAACCAUAGCUGGUGGGAGCGGAGCAGGUCCUGACUGGGAAGGCACAUCGGGAGUUCACACGCAUAUGACCAACACUCGGAUCACCGACGCAGAGGUGUUCGAACGGCGAUAUCCGGUACUGCUGCGAGAGUUUACUUUGCGCGCCGACUCCGGGGGUGCUGGGCAGCAUCGAGGUGGGGACGGCGUCGUCCGAGACAUCGAGUUUCGCAUCCCUGUACAGGUAUCUAUUCUUUCAGAGCGCAGGGUAUAUCAUCCUUACGGUCUCGAGGGUGGCGAAGACGCUCAGUGUGGUCAAAACCUCUGGGUGCGUCGCAUCAACAAGUCAGAUGGGGGUUUUGAGGAGCGAUAUAUCAGUUUGGGUGGGAAGAAUUCUGUCCAGAUGCAACCUGGAGAGCGAAUAAUCAUUCGCACUCCCGGCGGCGGAGGCUGGGGACAAGUUGGAGAUCAAAACCAAAUAGUGCAUGAACAAGAUGCACGGCAUACCUGGAGAGGAGGAUCUAUCUAUAACAGCCUUGCUACCCAAGAGGCCAGUAUAUGA